CCCCCCCCCCCCCCCCCCCCUCCCCAGUUGAUGCCGAGGAUCAUGACCAUGAACCACCAGUCGGUUGCCACCGCGCCGCUGGAUCUGCGCACCAGUAACCGAGAGCGUGGGAGCGCCGGGUCGAGGACUCCGGACUGCAAAGGUCACGCCGAGGACGCUCGAGGGAAAGACGCCUCACCUCCGUGCACAGGACAAGACCGACCGGAAACACACUGCCCCGCGGUCAGAAGCGCACCGGGCCCAGAAAACGGCGCUGCUCGCAAACGGCCAGCGGACAAGUCUUCCUACAGGCUGCCUUUUAGGAAACGCCCGAUUCCCGUCGAGCCGGAGUCCCACGCGCAGUCGCCGGUUUUACCAGAGAGCGGAGACCGCUUGGCUCCUCCGGUGGACGCGGACUUCACAUGGCGACAGAGCUCCGCCGGUCGUUUGGAAACGACCGCAAGUGAAAGCAGGGUCGCCGCGGCACCAGCGACUCUCAGGCGGGCUGAAGAGGCAGGGCAGAGUCCGGAUGGAUAUCCCGUUCGCUUCCUGCACCCGUUUGAUUACGGUCCAUACCCGGUGUGCUGCUUGCCCCCGGCCCCCGAGUUGAACCACCCUCUGACCCACCACGCCGAAAGCCUGCGGACUGGUAUCGCUCUGGCUACACGUCAAGAUGAAGACGGAGACACAGCUCUCCACAUAGCAGUGGUACAGGAGGAGUUGGCCCUCGUCCGCAAACUGAUCCAGCUCCUGCUGUGGGCUCGCAGAGGCCUUGAUAUCUACAACAACCUCCGUCAGACUCCCCUUCAUCUGGCAGUGAUCACCCAGCAGGCAAACAUGGUGGAGGCUUUGUUGAGAGACGGGGCCGACCCUGCUGCCUUGGACCGUAACGGCCAAACAGCGCUCCAUCUCUGCUGCGAAUAUGACCAGCGUGACUGUCUGUCGUUUGUGCUUUCUCACUCCCAAUCCUCCAUGUGCUUGGAGAUCAGAAACUAUGAGGGUUUGAGCCCUCUCCAUCUGACGGUGCUGCGCGGCCAGAAAGAUUUGGCCAGAAUGCUGCUGGAUGCAGGCGCUGACAUCAAUGCUAUGGACAUCAAGAGUGGCCAAAGUCCUCUCAUGCACGCAGUGGAGAGCAAUAAAGCAGAUAUGGUCAACUUCCUCAUUGAGGUAAUGAGGGUGUGUGGGCAGAGAGGCUGUGAUGUGAACAGCCAGUCAUACAGUGGGAACACAGCCCUGCACAGUGCUUGUGGCCGAGGUCAGGUGGACACGGUGCGGCUAUUGCUAAAGAGUGGAGCUGACAGCAGCCUCAAGAACUACCACAAUGACACCCCUGUGAUGGUGGCUAAGAACAAGAAAGUAAGCGACAAAAUAGCAGAUGUGUUACGAGGGAGAGGCUCCAACCAGAUUUGUGUGUCUGUCUCACCACAUGGGAGCAGCUUUACGGAAAAUGGGUCCCCAUCUCCCAACCACAGUCGCGGUUGUUCACCUUUGACUACACCACACACCCCUCAUCAUAGUGCCUCCCAUUCUCCAAAGGCUCCAUCUACGCUUGUAUUUCCAUUUUACUAGCUCAAAGUAUUUGUUGAGUGCAAGUUGCAACUACCUCCACACAGCCAACCAAAAAAGAGACAUCAAUGCCCACAAGGACUUCCAGAAGAAUGUUCAGCUAAUGGGAUGACAAACCAGCAAAAGACUGCACCUGAAAUUAAACUUUCCUAGAAGCUGGCCUUCUUUUCCUG